UUAGAACAACUUUCGUAUUUCCUUUUAAAUACUGAGGUUUCGCAUGUCUAUAAUAAACCAUCGCUCUGCUCAACAGUGAAUGGAGAAACUGGCAAAAGGAGGAGGGGUUUAGGAUUUGGAGGGCCAAGCAGUGAUUGGUUUUCAAUUGUCAUCGACUCUAACCAAUAGAAGAGGAGCACGCUCUCUUAAAAGCUGACUGUGGGGUUUCAGCACUAUUAUUUCUGUAUCAGUUUGUACAAGCGGUUAGCUUACAAAUAUUAACAUGAGUGGACGAGGUAAAACCGGUGGUAAGGCCAGAGCAAAGGCUAAGACUCGUUCCUCCAGAGCAGGGCUUCAGUUCCCCGUCGGUCGUGUUCACAGACUUCUCCGCAAAGGAAACUACGCCGAGCGCGUCGGUGCCGGUGCUCCGGUUUAUCUGGCCGCUGUGCUCGAGUACCUGACCGCUGAGAUCCUGGAGUUGGCCGGAAACGCCGCUCGGGACAACAAGAAGACCCGUAUCAUCCCCCGUCACCUGCAGCUGGCGGUGCGUAACGACGAGGAGCUGAACAAACUCCUGGGCGGAGUGACCAUCGCUCAGGGCGGCGUGCUGCCCAACAUCCAGGCCGUGCUGCUGCCCAAGAAGACCGAGAAACCCGCCAAGACCAAAUAAAUUACAGCGGUUUCAUUUUAAACCCCAAAGGCUCUUUUCAGAGCCACCCACUUUUUCUUUAAAAGACCAAACUACAUGGUAGUGAAGUCUCUUAAUUCUUAAGUAAUGUUUAACGUCACUGUGAGGCUUAUUUAGAGUUAUGCUUAUACAUAGAUAAAUAUUGAUUAAGCUUUCACUUGUGACCAAGACGUCCACCACAAAUGUAAAAUAAAUCAAUGAAAUAUUAAGAUAUUAAGGACACAUCUGAAUUUGUAGACAUUUCACUUUCAAAUAAGUUACAUCGAUUAUUGUAUUAAAACAAUCAAAAGUAUGCUAUUGUUUUAAAUAUUUUAUUCGAAGAGUCAUGUUUAAGUAUUUUAUGGCAUCUGAUGGUGUUUACAAAUUUGCCACUUUUUUUUCAUAAAACAAAUAGAGUUCAUGUUGUAGCCCUUUUGUUUUUCAUUCUGUUGUUGCUAGAUUCUAAUGGACCUGCUUCAGAAUAAUAAAAUUAUCUAAAUUGUUUCAAA